CUCCCUUCUAAAGGAAGUUGCGCCAACUUCCGUUUUGUAGCAGAAAGGGGUGGAGGAAAUAGGAAUUAUGCUUUAUCCGUUUACUAUCUCAUAAGUUUAUGAAUUAUUUGAAUAAAGACGUCCGAAAAUGUCUACGAAACAAAAAGCUGACCUCAAGGUUAUUAUACUUGGAGAUUAUAAUGUUGGAAAAACAUCGCUGAUCUGCCGAUACAUAGAAGGGAAGUUUCGAGGACAAGAGCCGACUAUAGGUGCUGCAUUUUUUUUAAAGCAAUGGGGACCAUACAACGUUGCUGUAUGGGAUACUGCUGGCGAUGAAAAAUACUCUGGGCUCUCUCAUUUUUACUGCCGUAGUGCAGGGGCUGCCAUACUUGCAUAUGACAUAAAUGAUCCAAAGACUUUCGAGUCCCUGUGGGCUCGCUUCAGUCCAAUGCUUUCUGCUGCAAAUGAUGACUGUAUGCGGGUGAUUGUUGCAACCAAGUCUGACCUCCUGGAGCCUGGUUCAAGAGAGAUCACAGUGGAUGAAGGAAAAAGACUAGCAAGAGAGUUCAAUGCACACAUUGACUUGACCAAAGUUCCUUUUGAGCCAUACUUUGAGACCUCCAGCAAACUGGGCACAGGGGUGACGGAAGUGUUUGAAUACAUCUUCCAGCAUUGCCUGCCUCUCAGUGACGAGCAGAAGAAGCGACACACAGACAUUAUAGAUUUGGUAGAUGCCCCAAGAGGACAAGAUAAGACAAAGUGUAGCUGUUGAUCCUGUGAUGUUUUUUAGCUUUGGACAUGCAUCCAUUACUCCAUGACAAAUAGAUUUUUGCAACAAGUGCUUGAGAUAGAACAAAAUCUGCUGGAAUAUACAGGCCUGUGAACAUGUGCAUCUGGCAUUUUUUGUGGAUUGGGUCAGAAGUUUUAUUGAUAGUUUUUUUGUUUUGUUUUUUCAAAAUCUCCAUCUACAAAUUUGGUUUAAAUAGAAUCAGAUUUGUUAUCUCAUAGUGCUUGCUGCACUUUCAACUUUCAAGAAUUGUAUUGAUGUGCUACCUAUCACAGACAGAAACAAAUGUCUGUAUGAUGUAUGAUAGUUUUGUGAUUAUUAUCUGCUUUCUGUGGCAGAAACUAUUUUAAAACUAAUAAUUACCUUUCCUUUUCUUGUAAACAGUCAUUCACUUUGAUUGCUACCUGUUGCUGAUCUGGGCUUGGAAAGAAAAACUGAUCAUGCACACUACUGGAGAGGCCGUAUAUUUACCUUUAGGGUGUAUCGUGUGACUGUAUUUCUAUCACUUUCAUCUGAAAUAUAUCUGGUUCAAAGUUCACCAGCCAAAAGUCACCAUCUAUGCUUGUCAUAUUCAGGCUACCUUUGCUGACUUACAGCAUUAGGAGCAGAUGAGUUAUUUUUAAUGUUUUCACAAGAAAAAAAUGAAGUAAUAAAUAUCCAACAUUUUUGUGGUGAUUUCUAAAAUUUUUAUUAUGCGUAUUCAUGGAGCCCUUCUGGAACUGUUUUUUUUUCUAAUUCCCUCCCACAUCUAUCAAUGAAGAUGAUUUGGAUGCCUUUCAUAACUCUGCUGUUACUGACCUGUGAUCUUGUAAAGUUUGGCAAAUUUAUUAUAUCUUUUUAGAUAUUUUAUUGGUCAAAUACAUUUCAUAGAAUGCUAUAUUAAAAAGUAUUAACUUAUUGAGGGUAAGUUCUUUUUUUACAUCAGCUUUAUUUUUGCCAUCUUAUUUAUGAAAAUUUCUGCUGACGGCUAGAAAUAAGAAAAAAAGACCUCUGCCAUACAUUGUAAUAUAUUGUUGUGUUCUUAUUUAUUUGAUGUAUUGAUAUGCUUUAUUAUUGUUAUGGAGAGUUAUUUUUGGAAAUCUUUCAGAGAUUGUAGAAACUAUAAAAACUUGCAGCAUUCAUUAUGUAAUGUAUGUCAAAAUGUGUGGGGGAAGGUAAGGGAGAAUGCCCCUUUGAAUCACAUAUAGAUUUAAAGAAAAUGUUUUAAAAAAAUCAAACUAUGCAGUUGUAAUUCUGUUUCUUCCUUUUUUCAUUAUGCAAACCUACCAGAGGAUUUUCAACAGCGAUGAAAUAUGCCUAGUUUUAUUCACUUGCUAGAGAAAUUGAAUGCACUCAACCAGCAAGCUGUUUUUACCUCAAAUGAUAGGCUUGACAGCAACACUGUUCAUUGCUGAAAAAAUACAUUCUGCGUUCAUUGUAAAUUAGUGUUGAAGCCAUGAAGAGCAUUUUUUUUUAAAUAGCAGCAAUUUUUAACUGUCUGAUCACUUUUGUGUAAUAUUCCGAUAUAAGUCACAGCUAAGACGUAUAUGAACAUUAUUCACAACCAUAAACACUAAGCACAUGCACUGUCCAUAAAUGUCACUCCACACAUCAAUGAAACACACGCCUGGGUGAUUGUUGUUAAAGGUGGGCGCUUUCAUGAUCAUAUCACUUUGCUUGACUAAUUUCAAACACUUUUGCCUUGUGACCUUUUAAGUGUCAUUCCAAUUACAAACUUUGUCACUUUUGUUUGUGGGCAAGAGCAUACAGACAGAUUAUGGAUAUGUGGGCGAAAUGAUGAAUGUGUGGGUAAAUAUGUGUUCCUUUUGCUGUUCUGGCCAAAUUACUGUCAGCUGAAAAGUUAUUCACAAGCUUUUCAGCAUCCAUAAUUCUCUGUAUUGAGUAUGAGGAAAGGACUGCUGUUACAUGUGAUGCCAUCUUUAUAUUCUUCUCAUGUAAUAAUGUGUAAAUAUAUGAAGAGGCCUUUAGUCAGAAGAUCAAAUCUUACUUAUAAGAGAUUUGAGACUAUAUUGUCCAUUACCUUAAAGCAAAUUUUCAAAAUGUUUUUUCCUCAUUUUUGUUUUAAUUUAAAUAUCAAUUACAAAGUCAGAAAAACGUGAACAUUUAGCACUUUCAUCUUUUAGAAUACAUUAAGAACAAUUAAUGAUUUUGCUCUUGUAACACUCAGCAUAUGCAGAAUAAUGUCAGAAAAAUAGUGAUGAUCUACUUGCCUGGAUAUUUCUGGCACUUUCAUCAGUUCAUUCACCGUAAGCUGUUUUUGUUAAUUUACUGAAGGAAAAUCAUAAACAUUGAUUUUAAAGCCAUUCUGAGAAAUAGUUCAUAUUUUAGAAAAUGUUUUUUUCAAAAAUUGUGGAAAUCACAUUUGUUUCAGUUAAAGUCAUCAUGAUAUAUACUUUUGAAUAUCACAUAAAAUUGAUGCAGAUAUAAUGUAUUAAAUUCCUAUCACAAAUGACAGUAUAGGAACUAAAAUCUACUGUCAUAAUUAGUACAGUUUAGUAUUAAUUUUCAUCUUCUAGCUUAAGUGUUGUUGCCUGUGAUGCUGUGGGAUGUAGGUGAUUACUCUUUAUAAUAUUUCACACAAUGUUGUGAAGUACUGUGAAGCCCAUUCUUGCAGGAACUGAGUCUUUUUGUUUGCUUUUUUUAAGUCUUUGUUUUCAAAUUAAUGUUAAUUUUUUUCAUUAGAAUGUGCAUUUUAGUUACCAGUUAAAUGUAUUGAUGGUACUUUUGUCAAUCAUUCCAACAGAUACUUAUUUUAGAAAGUUUUUCAUAUUUUUGCUGUUAAGUCCUGGGACAAUUUUUUAAAUAAAUGAACUUAGGGCAUCUACCAGGCGUUAUUGUAUUUUCCAUGUUCCCAGACUUUCAAAAUGAGAAUUUUGCAUUAUUUCAGUCUCUUUAAUUUGGCUUUUAUGUUCAAACAAUUUAUUUUUGAAACCAGGUGUUUAUUUUUUCACUUUUCAGUCUGGUUAGUUUUUCUAAAUGCUGCAUUAUAAGAACUCCUAUAAGAAUCCAUUUUCAUUAUCUUUAUUAAAAGCAAAAAAAUUUCCUAAGCUUUAAUCAACACACAGCAACAUAUUUCUGUUAAGUACAAAGUAAGAUUUUUUGAAGACUUUUAUUUUGGCUAACUAGUUGUAUCUUAGAACAGGCAUUCGAUCCUGUCUCUUUCCUAUUCAUGCUCUUGUCUGAUUUAACAUCACAGGUGCAACAAGCUUUGUAACUUAGUCAAGUUAGAGUUACACGGCCAUGCACCUUAUGAGAUACACUUUUGCUCGAUAUGAGUGAUUGGGACUCAGGAUUUAGCAUGUUCUUGAGAGGGAUUCAAGAGCAGAUGAAAAAUCCUGAGAUACAAAGGAUCUGAACAUUAUAGAAAACAAAAUCAGGCUUUGUAUUGGGAAUCAGCUAGGGUUUCUUAUUGUGUAGAAAUGUACAGAAAUCAUGAAAAAGCUUCUAAAACAAAUUUCCUAGGGGUCUCCAAAUGUAACAGUUUGAUGUUGAGUGUCUGGAAAUGUGAAAAAGAGGUUAGCAAGAGAUCUUGGUAUGUAAAACAUUUUACAAUAAACAGGACAAGAAAAGUGGUAUUUUGUUUUUGCUUGUUAUCAGAUUUUAAUUUCAUACUUUGAUGUGUAAAACAUCAGGAAUGUUAGCAAAUGUGCAUUGAUGUGUACUUUGAUUUUGCUCCUAAAUGAUUAGACCCCUACUAAUUUACCCUCAACAACUUUUAACUGAGGGUUUUAAAACAUUUUGCAUCUCUUGGAAGAAAAACCUUGCUGUAGACGAAAUUAGUGACAUGAGACCAGUGUGUACUUGGUUGGUUUAUUUAGUAGGAAGUGCUUCCCCCUUGUUUGCCUUUUUUUUUUUUUUUUUAACCUGAAUAGUGUCAAAUAUUUGUGCAAAUUUUGGGAAAUGUUUUUGUUUUGUUUUAAAAGUAUGGGUGAUUAGUAAAUCAUAAAAUCUUUUACAAAUAUUUUUACUCCAUGUGCAUAGACUAAGCAUGACUGUUAGUUGUCUAUAGUCAGACAGAGAACCAACAAAACAACCAACCGGAAACCCUGACUAAAUAAAGGGAGUGAACCAGGA